GAGGCGGGGGCAGAGGUGGAGGAAGCCGGAAGUGGAUCGGGCCCGGGUCGGUCCGGGCGUUGCGGGUUUGGGGCCUGGGAUAGCUCGUCCUCGGGCAGCUGAGGAGACCGUGACGGGACGGAGCGACGCCAUCCCGGCACUGAGGCCUGCUGACUGCCCCGCACCAGCCUCACCUGCCGCGAACCCAGUGCGUUGCUCUCCUCCCCGGGACAGGCAGCCUCUGAGCGCCCCGCGGAGGUCGGCGGCGACCAGCAGCGACCGCGGAGCGACGGCGGGCGGCCCCGGGCAUGUACGCCCCCGGAGGCGCAGGGCUGCCGGGCGGGCGCCGGCGGAGGAGCCCGGGAGGCAGCGCUCUGCCCAAGCAGCCGGAGCGUAGCCUGGCCUCGGCCCUGCCAGGUGCCUUGUCCAUCACCGCGCUGUGCACUGCCCUCGCCGAGCCUGCCUGGCUGCACAUCCACGGUGGCACCUGUUCCCGCCAGGAGCUGGGGGUCUCCGACGUGCUGGGCUACGUGCACCCGGACCUGCUGAAAGAUUUCUGCAUGAAUCCUCAGACAGUCCUGCUCCUGCGGGUCAUUGCUGCCUUCUGCUUCCUGGGCAUCCUGUGUAGCCUCUCCGCGUUCCUUCUGGAUGUCUUUGGGCCCAAGCAUCCAGCCCUGAAGAUCACCCGUCGCUAUGCCUUCGCCCACAUCCUCACAGUCCUGCAGUGCGCCACCGUCAUCGGCUUUUCCUACUGGGCUUCUGAACUCAUCCUGGCCCAGCAGCAGCAACAUAAGAAGUACCACGGUUCCCAGGUUUAUGUCACCUUUGCUGUUAGCUUCUACCUGGUGGCAGGCGCUGGCGGGGCCUCAAUCCUGGCCACAGCGGCCAACCUCCUGCGCCACUACCCCACGGAGGAAGAGGAGCAAGCGCUGGAGCUGCUCUCAGAGAUGGAGGAGAAUGAGCCCUACCCAGCGGAGUAUGAGGUCAUCAACCAGUUCCAGCCACCCCCGGCCUACACACCCUAAUGCCCGCCGUGGGCUCCCUCCUCAGCAGCCCUCCCCACUCUGCCGCGCCUCUCACACUCAGAGGCGCUCCAUUCUGGUAGGAUCCUGACCAUCUUCACAAACCUUCCUCGGGAGAGACUCUGCCUGUAGGGUUGUUCCUGGAUCCCCGCUCUCGAAACCGGGGGUUCACUGAUUUUAUAUAAUGCACCGUUUCCCCUCCUGCCACCUUCCUCUCCCAUCCCCAGUCAUCACCAACCAGGGGCGGUCAUACGUGUGUUCUUCCUUCGUGGGCCCUAUCUCUGGGACUGGGAUUUUUCCCUUGGGGAGCUGUUGACAGUGGACAGUCCCCAAUAGAAGCAGUGUCCACAGGGUCCCCGAGAGAGGGGACCAGGCCCCGCAGGCUCUCUCCCUACCUGUCAGCGUUCGUUCCACCGCUGUAGUUCUGGGCUGAGCCCCAGCCCCACCCCGUCUCCGAGUGCCCCGCGCUGGGCCGCCCACUCUGUGGAGUCUCUGCACUUUAGUCUUUGGACUGCCCACCACGUGUGUUCUGGUUUUGCGGGGAGGAGGCGUUGCUGCUGGAAAGCAGAGCACGUGCUCUCCCUGCCCCGUCCCUGCCUGGUGGCCAGA